UUUACCUCCGACCACGAUCGGAUCUGGAUGCGUCUCGGCUUGGCUCUAUUGUUCGGCAUUGUCGUCGUCGCCGUUCGUCGCGAUUGUUCUUCAUCGGGGCGCGUGAUUCGCGUGAAAUCGUGUCGUUGCUGUAUUUUGUGAUUAUUUAGGAAUUCGAGGUGGAUGUCGAUUAUUUGUUUUAAAUGUUUGAAUGCGAAAAGCUAGAGACUAGCUUGGAGGCUUGAAUUCGAACGAAUUGAAUUGUGGUUUCCCGUCAGGCGUUCGAAUGAGAAAACUGCAAUAAUAAUAUCCUGUGCUGUUCGACCAAACUCAAACAAACAUCUCAGCGAAGUACAAGCUGAAAGUGAUUCAUCAACCAAUCUAAUGCAGUUUUAUCUUCCUUUCCAAAGUGUAAUAAAAGAAAUAUCAACCGGACCGUGCUGAACCCAAGUGAAAUCCAAAAGAAAAGUAACACCGACCGUCUGAAUUCCGAACUGCAUCCGGAUUGUUUGUGAAGGAAGAAAUUACGAAAAAAAAACGACAUCAAGCAGAGAAGAAUACCGUGAAGCAAAGUGCAAAGGUCCUUACGUACAUACACAACAGCAGUUGGUGUUGUAAUUCGAUAAUUGCUGAUCGGAUUAUUGCGCGCAGGGGGAGGGUGGUUGCUUCCUUACCAGUGCAGAGCGGCAGCGAACAAGAAUUAAGGAAUCCAACUCGCUCUGAUGGAGGUCUUGUCGCCCUGUCCUGUGGCUGUGUUGAGUGAUUGAAAAAUAUGAAAUACUACACCGCCCACUGAUUGGGACGACGACGUGACCCGGGAUCGGGGCAGUGAAAAAAUAAUCGAAGAAGUGACAAAGUGAGGGUGGUAGUGUUUUGGGUUGGGAAGAUUUGCUGUUUGUUUGCUGGUUUUGGACUAGAGAGUGGUUUCGAGAGCGACACGUGUGGAGCUGGUGCAUGGAAUAUCGGCUGAUUUACAAGGUUCUCUUCGAAGCUGCAUCGAUAAAAUUAGAACUGCACGCAACUAACGAACCAAAUCAAGCAGCAAACAUCACAUACUACGAACUUAUUCCACGUGAUUUCCCUAAUCAAUCAUUGUUCUCGAAAAUUGGGCUCACAUAAUUAUGCUCAGGUUCACCCCCCUGUUAGAAUCUAACUUCGACCCAAAAAGUAGCACUCCGCAGCACUAUAAAUAGGAAAUAACUCCAUUAAUUAGCGGAGCGCCACGCAUAUACAAACUGUGCAGUCAUUGUGGACAGGCAGAAGUGUGAUUUGUGCAAAGUGACCGACUGACCGGGAGCAACGUUGCAGUUCUCCUCCCCUGGAAAACGCGAAAACCGCACCUCGUUGCCAUCGUCAGCAUCAUCAUUAGCAUCCGGUGGAGAAACAAUUCUCCCCCUACUCCAAUGUGAAAGCGAAGCGUUGUAGCAAUCAGCGAAUUUUCCACCUGUACGGUCAUAAUAACUGUUCGCGCCACUUGCCACAGGAAGAAUCACAUCCUGCCGACGAAGAACAGGUUGAGAAGAGGUGAACGGUACUGUACGGCUUAAUUGGCGCCACAAACAGCCUGUCGGAGGAGCGACCCAAACAGAGAGGUCGGCUGACUAAAUAGAUUCCUGAGUGGGUCAAAAUCUGCAUUGGCCCUGCGAUCCUGUGAAUGGGACUUAGGGGAACACACGAAGUGAGGCGCAGCUGAAAUCGGCAGCUUUUUGAUAGCUGGUAUCGAUGUCGGUGGAAUUUUGUGCACGUCAACGCCUCCAUAGACCUAAUUAGCGCACACGGAAUCGGAUUGAUGUGCUUUGUGAAGUGAAUACAUCGCGGAGAAUUUCCUGGAAUCGAGAGAGUCAAAAUGCACUCGUCAAUAGAUGGCACUGCUCGGAAGGCGGUGGCGGCAGCACACAACCCGAUCUCGGUCAUCGUGUUGACACUGCUGCUAGUGUCCGUACAGGUGACCUCCAGCCAUCUGCAGAAACGAUGCCCAACCGAUUGCGAGUGUAACCUAGAUCAAAGGGGACUGUACCAGACGGUUUGCAGCAGAGUCCAAUGGCGAACGGUCCCGGUGCAAGACUUCGACAAAGAAGUCGAAGUAAUCCUGAUCCGGGGAUCGAAAAAUUCCCUCACCAUCGGACCGGUAUUCCAGUCCCUCUCGAAGCUGGAAGUGCUAAAAAUCACCAACGCCAACGUUCCAGCCAUCGGAAUGAACUCUUUCUGGGGCCUGGUCAAGCUGCGCACUUUGGAUCUCUCGCGGAACAACAUCACCCAAAUCACGGUGGAAAAUUUCCGUGGCCAGGACAAUCUGUUGGAGUUGGAUCUUUCGAAGAAUCGAAUGGAGCGGAUAGCAAGCGGAACGUUCGGGCAUUUGAAGAGCCUCAAAUCGCUGAACCUGGCGGACAAUUCCAUCGACGAGCUGAACGCGCGCCUCUUCCUCCAUUUGGCGAAGCUGAAGCACCUGGACCUUAGCCGGAAUCCCAUCGACGAUUUGCCUCCGGAGGUUUUCAAAGACGUACAGGAAUUGAAAGUGCUUAAGGUUCGAGGCUGUCAUCUGUUGAAUGUGAAUCCGCAGGUCUACAAUAUGCUGACGCACCUCUCCGAGCUGGAUUUGGGUCAGAACCAGUUCACCUACUUUGUACGAACGGAGUUCAAGGAUUUGAAGCGCCUACGAGUCCUCCGACUGGACGGCAAUCAGCUUUCAGUUGUAGUCGACCAUCUAUUCGAGUAUCAGAAAAGCCUCAACAUUUUAGACCUUUCGUUCAACCGGUUGGCCAAAAUCUCGGAGAAAGCUUUCGAGAAUUUAUCGAAUCUCACAUAUCUGGACGUAUCGUACAAUAAAUUAUCGCGCAUCGAGCCGGAAUGCCUGGAACCGGUGGCGGCCAAUUUGCGCACAUUCAACAUCAGCGGCAACCUGCAGCUGGAUCUGAUGGAGGUGAAUCCCACCUUCCAGGUAAUCCCGAACAUAUCGACUCUGGCCGUGGCCGACAUGGGUCCACUUCCGCUGAAACUGUUCGAGCCGUUCAAACAGUUGCGCACCUUAAACCUUUCCGGGAAUCACAUCGACAACGUCACGCUGCAGAUCAUCCAUCCGUUGGUGCACCUGAGGCUCCUGGACCUGUCGCGAAACCAGCUGUCCGGAGUGGAGGACCGUCACGCAUCCCAGUUGGCUCAGAUCGCCGACCUGCGAAUGGACAAUAAUCCCCUGAUAUGCGAUCGAUGCCACAUGGGGGCACUCAUCGACAUGGCGACCGAGUUACCAUGGCCGGAGAAACCGGUGUGCUUUUUGCCGGAGCGCCUGCGGGGAAUACCAAUCGAUGACUUGCAGCCGGACAGCGUGGAGAUCUGCAUGGAGGUGAUAGUGGAUGAGGACCACGAUGCGGCCAGCACGUCACACAACUUUUUGGAGCAAGCUGGCAGUGUCAGUGUCCUUGCUUUUUGUGGCUUGAUGGUGUUCAUCGUUUUGGCAGUAAUCGUGGUUUCGACGGCCAUCUGCUUGUCUCGACAUCGAGCGCGGUAUUACACACAUGAAGAGAAACGAGACACCAUGAUGGAGAAGAACGGCACCGAAACGUCAAUCCUGACGGCGGCCGGCAGCGAAAUCAACUUCAAGUUCCCCUACACCGAUCGGGUUUGCACCAUCGAUGAAAUGUGCAUCCCACCGCCUCCUCCCCCACCGAGCAAGCCUCCCGCCAACGUCAUCGAGCGUUUCGAUUAACGAACGGAGCAACGCCCGAACUCGUCCGGCACCGAUGAUGGCGCCCUCUCGGAAGGUCCCACGACCACCAUCACCACGGUGGCCAUCAUCGGAGACGAUUCUUCGGCAGCGUCGGCAUCGAUCAUGGGCAUCGGAACUUCCUCCAGUGCCAUCACAACCAGCAGCAGUUUGGACGGUAGCAGUACUUCUGGGGGUGGAACGUGUGCCGUGGGGGCUGCAACCGGUGCUGCAUCGGUUGGUGCUCGCGGGGCGACGGUUCCACUUCGUGGUAUUUUAAGAAAAAGCAAGGAUGUGUUUUAGGAUUAAGGGUGCCGUCGAAGACGCGGCCGUAAGCUAGUGUGUGUAAAUAUGGUCAAUGAGAGAUUUUUUAUUUAAGCAUCCACAUGUAGUCAGUAAGGAGAACUGUGCGGAAGAUUUUGUGUAGGAACCUUGAACCAUGCGUCUCCAUUAGGAGGUGGGUAAUCGUCAAUGGGAAAUUCUCGCUGAACUUUUUUGAACGACCUAUCUCACAAUGAGAUUUGGCUACCCAUUAUAUGUUCUGGACUUUGAAUAGAUUUGUGAGAAUUCCAUUAAAAUCUGCUGAUAUUUUUGGAAAUUGGAAACUAAAAGAUCACAAAAAUUGUAUCGUGAAAAAUAAAUCGGGCCGCAAUGGUUAAUAAAAAAAAGUGGCAGCCCUUGAAAAUGCUGUCAGAUAAUCGGACAUUGCAAAAUUCGGUGAUUUCGAAGCACGAGCGAAGUAAGCGAAGAAAAACAUCGCAUCUGUAUUGGUCCAUGACUGGCUAUGUUUCGCACGUUUUAACAACAAUGAUAGAGCUAUAGAAGUAGACGGUACACAGACUUUCAUGAUGUGUAGCGGAUCAUGAUGGUUACAGAGAGCAAUAAGUGAAACAUUCUCUCAAUUUUCUCAGAAUUUACCUCCUGCAGAUAAUAGAUUGAAGAGAUAGUAAAUGAAUAGAGGCUCUCAAUGUAAGAUAGAUCAUUUUUAAAAGUUCAGCAAUAAUUAUGAAUUAACUUAUGUUAAGGUAUGAACAAUAUUUAUGUACGAUUGACAACAAAGAAUAUGAUUUUUUUGUGGGAGAAACAUUGAACGAGUUCAAAACAAAUGGCUCUAAUUCAUUUCCAUUUUGUGUACAAAAGAUAACCAUAUAACACACAUAACUCUGAAGGGAUGCAUGGUCAAACAAACUAAUUAAAAUACGGAUUCCUCCAUCAACAGGAAGCACCACCCCACUUUAGACAAGUGAAUCUCGACAAAUUAACUGUAAUUAGUCACUAAUGAGCGUUUUGUCGACACCACCAUCACCGCCAGAAUGACAAAUGAUUUCUUAAGUGAGACAACUUGUAAAUAUAUACAUGCAAGCGCAGACCCGGAAGGGGAAACCACACCACACUGUAAAAAGCAGAUUCACCCAAACUGUAACUACUCAGUAACGCAAAGCGGAACAAACGAAACGGAAGCCGUUUUUAAUACCUAACAGGAAAUGCGGGGGAAAGUGAGUGGAAAAUUCCUCCCCAUUUUCCCCGGCAUCCAUCAUCGCCCCCGAGAAAACACGACGGAUUUAGUGUUUUUAGACGCUCGUGUAAGCUGUGUGAUAGGGUGAUCCAUAAUGAUAAAACUACGAAAAUCUUCAGUUGCACCCUCCAAAGUCCUCCUGUAAACAAUUUUGAAGUUUGUAUGGAGAAUAUCAACAAAAUACAUGAAAAAACGGUUCGAACUACAUUUUAAAACACAGGUGGCCCUGUAGUCGAUGAAUUUCUUUCAUAAUUGAUUUGAAUUUUUUUUCAAGGUAUAUUUUUUUUGUUAAUGAACAGAAAAACUUCCUAUUUGUUGCAGUAUUUUCUUUAUUGAUUAGAGAAUUUUCAAAAUAAUAAUGGAAUGUUAUCAGAAUUAUAUUUUUUCAUAUAUUUAGUCAUUUUUUUCCCUACAAAAUUUCAAGCUCGUUUAGGCCCCUUGUAGAGUUGACGGAUAAGCUCAAAUUUUCGCAGUAGCUUCUGGGGAUCCAAAUGAUCAAAUUUGGGAGGUGUAACUUAAGAUUUUCACAAGUUUUUUUCUCAUAUAAAAUGGGCCACCCUACUCUGUACGGUACCUAGUGGAAUGUGAAAAUGUUUAUCCCCAAAUCACCCCUCUCCUCCUGGAUGCUGGCCAUACUGGCGGGCAAAUCCUCGGUAAUUAUGAGCGAGUGAGAGUGCGAAAUCUAAAAGUGCAAACGAGCGGAAGAGUCUGUUAAAGUAGCGAACUACGAACGGAGCACAAGAUUAAUGAGUCAUUCUGCUACUUUCUGGUAGAGAUCUGGUAUAUUUCUCUUCUAGGGAAGAAGUAGGCCGCACGAGACGAUUCCAUGGAAGCGAGUUUCAUAUUCAUUACGGUACGAUUGCCUAAUUACUAGCAGGAUCGUUUGUUUUGAGGAAUGUGGAUGUGUGCGUGUGUGAGUGUAUUAGUAGUAUUAGUUAGUAGGAAGAGUUUAUUAUAUUCGAACGAUUGGAGAAACGAGUUUGUCGGAUUAGAGUUGCUCGUUCAUUCUGUAACUUUUUGGAACGUAUCAAAUAAAAGAGAUUUUUGUAUGAAA